AUGGAGCGUGCGUGGACGUCCUCUGUGGAAGGCGCUCUGGGCCAUUUCCAGGUGCAACGUUCCCAGGGUCUCUCUGAUAAGCAAGUUGCCGAUGCACAAAUUCGCUAUGGCUCAAAUGAGUUGAAGGAAGAAGAUUCGGUUCCGCUGUGGCGUCUGGUUUUACAGCAGUUCCAAGAUCAGCUCGUCGUUAUCCUUCUUGCAUCGGCUAUGGUUUCCUUAGUUCUUGCACUUGUGGAAAAUGAAGGGAGUUUGCUGAACGCACUUGUGGAACCCAGCGUUAUUUUCCUGAUUUUGAUUGCUAAUGCGACUGUCGGCGUUCUUCAGGAACGGAAUGCCGACCAGUCUAUUCAAGCACUUCGUGCUUACUCUCCAGAUAUUGCUAUUGUGCUUCGUAAUGGUGACGUUUCUAGCAUAAAUGCUAAGGAGCUUGUUCCCGGUGAUAUUGUGAUCCUUUCAACAGGUGACCGCAUCCCUGCUGACUGUCGGGUUCUCGAGCUUAGAUCGUCAUCAUUGCAGGUUGAUCAAGCAAUUCUUACUGGAGAAUCAGAAAGCGUCUAUAAAUCAGCGACUGUGGUUCAAGAUGACAAGGCCGUUAAGCAAGACAUGGUGAAUAUUCUUUUUGCUGGCACUACGCUGGUAAGUGGUUCAUGUGUUGCCCUAGUAUGUCAAAUUGGUGAGAACACCGCUAUUGGUGGCAUUCACGCCGAAAUUGGACAGCAAGAUGAGUCGAAGACGCCGUUGCAAGAGAAGUUGGACGAGUUUGGUGAUCUCCUUGCCAAGGCUAUCAUGGUUAUCUGCAUCCUUGUUUGGGUUGUAAACAUCCGUCAUUUUAAUGAUCCAUCACACCAUGGUUGGGUGCGUGGCGCCAUCUACUAUUUUAAGAUCGCUGUUGCCCUCGCUGUUGCUGCCAUCCCUGAGGGUCUUGCCGCUGUGAUUACAGCCUGUCUGGCCCUUGGAACCCAAAAAAUGGCCCGCAAAAAUGCCAUCGUUCGUCACUUGCCAAGCGUUGAAACACUUGGAUCUACAAGUGUGAUUUGCUCGGACAAGACUGGAACCCUUACCACAAAUGAAAUGAGUGUUGCACAUGUUUUGUUGGCUGGUUCUGAGAUCGAAUACACGGUUACUGGAACCACUUUCAGCCCAGAAGGCAAGCUCUAUUCAAACAAUCAAGUGGUGUCAAAUUUAAACCAGCCUGGUAGUGCUAUGCAAGCUCUGGUUGAGACUUGCGCGAUAUGCAAUGAUGCAAAAAUUACUGUGGAUUCGAAUGGUCGCUAUAAAGCAUUGGGUCAAGCCACGGAGGCUGCCCUCCAAGUACUAGUGGAGAAGAUUGGACAUCAUGACGCUGCCCAACAGGCACGCCUGGAUUGCCUACAGCCUGCGCUGAGGGCCAACGCUGUUUGCAACCUGUACAAUGAAGCCUUGCCACGCGUAUCGACUCUUGACUUUACCCGCGACCGCAAAAUGAUGUCGACGUUCGUAUGCCAUGCACAAGACACUGGCCGCUUACUAGUGAAAGGUGCUCCUGAGUCAGUCUUGAGCCGUUCGUCGCAUAUUUAUGUCAAUGAGAAGACGCGCGUACCGCUCAGUGACACAGUUCGUGCGAAAUUGGAGACAAAAUUGCAGGCUUUUGGUCGUAAAGGUUUCCGCACCCUGGCUGUUGCUGUUCGCGAUGGAGCAACACUGCCUAAUCCGUUACAUGUGCUGGAUCCGAAGCAAUACUCGGAAUACGAGAAAGAUCUGUCUCUGGUGGGAUUAAUUGCUAUGCAUGAUCCCCCUCGUCCUGAAGUUCAAGAUGCUAUUCAGGCAUGCAUUGGCGCUGGUGUUCGUGUUAUUGUGAUUACUGGUGAUAACCAGUAUACAGCCGAGUCGAUUUGUCGUGAAAUUGGACUAUUCGGACCGAAUGAAGAUGUGACUGAUAAAUCGUUUACAGGUCGCGACUUUGAUGAGAUGAGUUUGGACGAGAAGAAAGCCAUGUGUCGGCGUGUUGUACUACUUUCGCGCGUAGAACCAGCGCACAAGAGUCAAAUUGUUGACCUUUUACAGGGUCAAAACGAAGUGGUUGCGAUGACCGGUGACGGUGUUAACGAUGCACCGGCUUUGAAGCGUGCGUCUAUCGGUGUUGCUAUGGGUACAGGUACCGAUGUAGCCAAAUUGGCUGCCGACAUGGUACUUGCAGAUGAUAAUUUUGCAACUAUUGUCACGGCCAUUGAGCAAGGCCGCAGUAUUUUCAACAACACGGCAUCUUUUAUCCGUUACUUGAUUUCCUCAAACAUUGGUGAAGUUGUAAGCAUCUUCUUGACAGUGAUACUGGGAAUGCCUGAAGCCCUCAUUCCUGUACAACUGCUUUGGGUAAAUCUUGUAACUGAUGGGCUUCCGGCUACAGCUUUGGGCUUCAACCCUCCUGAUUGUGCUGUCAUGCGACUUCCACCCCGGAAACGUGACGAGCCAUUGAUAACUCAAUGGAUGUUUGUGCGAUAUCUUUUGAUUGGUGUUUACGUGGGUGUUGCUACAAUUCUUGGUUAUGCAUGGUGGUUUGUUGCGUACGAGAAUGGACCUCAAAUCUCGGUGUAUCAGUUAACUCAUUUCCAUCGCUGUGCGCGUGAAUUUAGUCACGUUGGAUGUGACAUGUUUACAGGCGAUGCAGCGCGCCAUGGUUCUACUAUGAGCCUAAGUAUUCUGGUGACGAUCGAAAUGCUGAAUGCUUUGAACGCUCUUUCUGAGGUUGACAGUCUGUUGACGCACUCGCCGCUAAAGAAUUUGUGGCUCAUCGGUGCUAUUGUCCUGUCCAUGGCUCUACACAUGAUGAUUUUGUAUGUGCCAUACUUCCAGGAUAUUUUCUCUAUUGCCCCGCUGAAUCUGACGGAAUGGCUUGCUGUGCUUUUAUUCUCGCUCCCUGUUUUGGCUUUGGAAGAAAUUUGCAAGUUCUUAAGCCGACGAGCAAUUACACACGCCAAAAAGAUCAAGUAG